UUUCGUUUAUAUAAACAAAACAAACGAAGAGGAGUAUUUACUCCUUCGUCUCCCAUCGCCUCUCCCUGUUCUCUGUCUACAUAUCUCCCUAGGGACCCCCUACCUUUUCUUCCCUGUUCGCUACCAGCCUACAAAACACUACACCAACCAUUGAAACUGCUCUCACCAUGUAUCGUGUGUUCUAUCGUUCUCGUUCCAAAUCAAUUGCAACCACUUCACUCAUGAAACCCGUUGGAGGCUCUGUAGGGCUCACUUCUGCUACUAUAGCUCGUACUCAAAGCAAAACUGAGUUUGAGAUAACCUCAAUCAUGAUACAACAGUUCCUUGUUAAAAAGAAAUAUGAUAAAGUCAUAGAAACACUUAGAGGACUGACUGGAGUUCACAUCUUAAAGUGUCUAGAGAGUUUUCCAUUCAAUGACCUCAAUCAGGCAAUACCUGAGAGCUUCCUUAUCUGGGAGACACUAAUGGUCAAACUACAGAACUCUGAGGGGGAAGGAUACAUUGCUAAAGUUCCUCACGCUGCCUGUCAUGAUCUUGUCUCCAGAACUGGAGCUGUAUUGGCCUAUUUAGAGAAGCAUUCCAAUCCUGAUCUCUACUUUCAGUGCCGACGAGUCCUCAAGAAACUCUACAUGCAUUAUCCAGAGAUUACUGAUCACCUCAUGAAGGAGAAUGAGCACCUCUCGCGUGCCCUGUACACCCUAACGCUCCACAUUCCUUUGGGCAUAGACUCAUCAGCCAUCACUCUACAGCAGGCAAUACAAGAUGAAGUCACAGCAAGCCUCAUUGACCUCAAAGAUGCAAUAGAGCACUUGGAGGAACUACCUUUCCAACUGAGCUCCAACGUGUCCAAUGGAAUCGACAACGGUAAAGUGAAUGGUAGAAAUAGUAAGUAUAACCACUCAUUGACCCAAAGGCAAAUACAAGAGAGACUCUACUUCAACCAGUGCAUAUUGAGAGGUGUAUCUCCUUGUAGGAGGAAGGAUAAUCUAUCACAGCUCCAGGAGAUGCUGGAAAUGAGAAUACAAGGAGACAAAGACGUCCUCUUUCUUUUUGCUAGCUUAAGGCAGCAUCAUCAAGGGCUGGGAGAAGUAGAGCCAGUAGAACCGAAACUAAGACAACAGCAUCACAUGAUUGAGUGUGCUAUUGCUAUGCUUCAAGAGAUAAAGAACGAGCUUGCAAUCAACAGAUCUUCUCUGGCCUCUCCCCCUGCAUCUCAGUUUCCAACUGGUAGAAGAGGAAGUUCUGAUAGCAUUACAUCGACUGAGUUGGUCUCGGGAUAUCCACUAGCAUCUGCAGUCAGUCUUGACCAUUCUCAGUUUAGCCGUGUCCUAGUUCAGCAAGACAAGGUAAGCAGUGGGAUGGGGGCAAGAGGUGGUAUAGCUCAGUAUCGCUCCUCAAGUGAGAAACAGCUUCAAAACAUACGCCCAAUGUCUGCCUCUACCGUCAUGCAACACAGUAACCGGCAAGCUAAUCACAGAUCAGGGAUCAACCCGUCAGGUGUGCUUAUGGAUAAACAGAUCAGCUCCAGCGAUCAAGAGCUGUUUUCUGCUUCCUCCUCUCCUCCACUGCCAGUGGUAGCAGGUGUUAAGAAAAAGGGCGGGUUUAUAAGACGGAGCCUGAGAGGUUCCAUUAAAAGGCUCUCGUCUUCUACCGGUAAUGUCUCCAAUGGAGGGCACAAGACUAAGGGGAAGACCCUUGAGAAUGACUCCAUCUCUACUUUGCUUGAAAUUAAAAAUCAAGAAUUACUGGAGGCACGUGAAACCAUAGCAGCACUAAGAAGGAGAGAGAGAGAACUGACAGAUAGGUUAUCAGAGCAGGCUCAGCGACAUUUACGAGGCAGCGAACACUUUGAAGACAUAUUAAUGGGAGCUAACAGACCGUCCCUUGUAGUCCAAAGAUUUUCAGAGAUUUAUUCGCAAGAAAGGAUCGAAGCAUACGACUUCAUUGUUGAUAUGACCGGCAUGGAAGAUGACAUGCUUAUAUCAACUUUUCUACUCGACAUAUUAAAGUUCUCUUACAAUGCUGCUAAGUGUUCACUGGAAUCAUUGCACAAUGGCUGGAAGAGAUCCCUCGAUAUACAAGAAGGACCCGAUACUGAUGACAGGGAAAUGAACGCCAUCAGACAAUUAGAGACUGCAGUAUCAGUCUAUAUAAGGAAAGUACCGUCAUCUUAUGAGCACAUAAAGGAGAUUAAUAAGAUGGUUUACUGGGACAUUGAGAAGCAGUACAGCAGUCUUCCAUUCUACCAGUCAAUAAUGAAAGGACUCUACGUAGAGAGCUAUAUUGAUGAGUGUGCACUGCUGUCCUGGGAACUAGUGAUACAGAGCCCUCCAAUGGUACUCAAAUACAACGAAACCGAGUACUCGGUUGAAUUACAUACAAGGUUUCACAGUGCUAAUGGUGAGAGUGACAUCAUCAUUGGAUACCAAUGGCCGACAUUAGUGCAUGAGACAUCAGGAGUGGUACUGAGCAGGGGGAUUGUGGUCACGUAACGCAUCAUUUAAUUAUUGUUUAAUUUAUAAUAUUAUUUUGUGUUCAAAAUUUGAACAUUAUUAUUAA